ACACGAUCAAUCACAAAACCUUUGUCCAAGUAAAGUGACCUCAAGCCCUUUCUCUCUCGUCGCCUUAAUGGAUAAAAAGGGCGAUUGAAUUGCUGAGCGGGAUAUCUAUGGCGGAUGCUGUUGGAGUUUCUCACUCCUCUGCUUCUCUCUAUCCUUUGCUCCUCCCUAUUUCUUGCACCAAUUCUUCCAGGGUCUUCUAUCAUCAAGGAUUUUCAUCAAGGUACCCAUCGUUCUCUAAGUAUGUUCAGCCACGGAAUCAUGCCAAAUUCAUCUUGAGCCGCAGUAGAACUUGUUCUUUCAAGGUUCGUGCACUUGUCUCUGAAAAGGAAGGGCCAAAAUGGUGGGAAAAGACUGCAGGACCAAAUAUGAUAGACAUCCAUUCUACGAAAGAGUUUUUAGAUGCAUUGAGUGAUGCUGGGGAAAGGCUUGUGAUUGUUGAGUUUUACGGCACUUGGUGUGGCUCAUGCCGAGCAUUGUUCCCCAAGCUCUGCAAAACCGCAGAAGAGCAUCCAGACAUCUUAUUCCUUAAAGUGAAUUUCGAUGAGAACAAACCAAUGUGUAAAAGCUUGAAUGUGAAAGUACUUCCCUACUUCCAUUUCUACAGAGGCGCAGAUGGGCAGUUGGAGGCUUUUUCAUGUUCUCUUGCAAAGUUUCAAAGGAUAAAGGAUGCUAUCGUGCAACAUAAUACCGAACGAUGCAGCAUUGGACCUCCCUUAGGCAUAGGAGAUCUCAGCCUUCCUGGGGCUCCUCCUAGUUCCAAGGAUGAGCCUGCAGAAGCAAGUUCUAGAUAACCCCUUCAGCGUUUUAUGUGUUCCAUAUGCUUGGCUCUUCACCAAUUCAAGCAUUUUUGUGCAGUUCAAGAAAUUCCUGACAUGUUCUUGUUCGCCAUAUCUAUUCAAAUAUAUAUAAUUAUUUUUGUAUUUAACCAUUUUUUGCUGGAUUUGUUCUUAUGAGGACAAAAUUGUUUGGCCCAUGAUUUGUGGGACAUGCCAAUAUUUUGAUGUAAUUAUUCAUUUGAGGGGUUUUCAAGGUGUUAGCUC